AGUCGCUGCUGAGGCGGCCGCGGGCCCGGGUCGCGUCAGCGCAGCUCCGCGCGGCCGAGCCGGGCUGGCAGCAGCUGGCGCCUGGCGGUGAGGGCGGGCUCCCGGGUGGGUGGAAUGGCCCUCACCUAGGGCAGUGGGAGAAGCGGCUGAGCCGAGGAUGCUGGGGAGGCGGCGCGGCGGCUCCUCACUCAUCCCAGAUAUUGAUCAUCUUUCUGAAGUAGAAUCUCCAUGGCCUGAAUGUUUUCUGAAAAACAUUUGUAGCAAAAUAUCUGUUUAAUAGCAAGAUAACCACAUCAAGAUGGUUGGAAAACUGAAGCAGAACUUACUAUUGGCAUGUCUGGUGAUUAGUUCUGUGACUGUAUUUUACUUGGGCCAACACGCCAUGGAAUGCCAUCACCGAAUAGAAGAACGUAGCCAGCCCCUCAAAUUGGAGAACACAAAGACCACUGCGCGAACUGGCCUGGACAUCAAAGCCAAUAAAACCUUUGCCUAUCACAAAGAUAUGCCUUUAAUAUUUAUUGGAGGUGUGCCUCGGAGUGGAACCACACUCAUGAGGGCCAUGCUAGAUGCACACCCUGAUAUUCGCUGUGGAGAGGAAACCAGGGUCAUUCCUCGAAUCCUGGCUCUGAAGCAGAUAUGGUCACGGUCAAGUAAAGAGAAAAUACGCUUGGAUGAGGCUGGUGUCACCGAUGAAGUGCUGGAUUCUGCCAUGCAGGCCUUCUUACUAGAAAUCAUUGUUAAGCAUGGGGAGCCAGCCCCUUAUUUAUGUAAUAAAGAUCCUUUUGCCCUGAAAUCCUUAACUUACCUUGCUAGGUUAUUCCCCAAUGCCAAAUUUCUCCUGAUGGUCCGAGAUGGCCGGGCAUCAGUACAUUCAAUGAUUUCUCGAAAAGUUACAAUCGCUGGAUUUGACCUGAACAGCUAUAGGGACUGUUUGACCAAGUGGAAUCGUGCCAUAGAGACCAUGUAUAACCAGUGUAUGGAGGUUGGCUAUAAAAAAUGCAUGUUAGUUCACUAUGAGCAACUUGUCUUACAUCCUGAACGGUGGAUGAGAACACUCUUAAAGUUCCUCCAAAUUCCUUGGAACCACUCAGUAUUACACCAUGAAGAGAUGAUUGGGAAAGCUGGGGGAGUAUCUCUGUCAAAAGUGGAGAGAUCUACAGACCAAGUCAUCAAGCCAGUCAAUGUGGGAGCUCUAUCAAAAUGGGUUGGGAAGAUACCUCCAGAUGUUUUACAAGACAUGGCAGUGAUUGCACCCAUGCUUGCCAAACUUGGAUAUGACCCGUAUGCCAAUCCACCUAACUAUGGAAAACCUGAUCCCAAAAUCCUUGAAAACACUAGAAGGGUCUAUAAAGGAGAAUUUCAGCUACCUGAAUUUCUUAAAGGAAAACCUCAGACUGAGCAAGUGGAAUAGCAGAGCCAGGAACCUCUUGCAUACUUGAGGUGAACAUAAGGAUUUGUAUUCCCUACGCCUGCCCACCCCUGGAGACUCCACUGUCAUGAGUGGGAAUGUAUUGGAAUAGGAAAAGGGCAGAGAACCACCGCACAAAAACGGCUGACUCAGGAAAGAAGAAACCACUGCACAACUGGCCUGGAGAAGCAGAUGCUGUGAUAUCUCCCUCCCUGUUGACAUUCCCUCCUUCACAAAGCCUUCUUUCUGCUCUGAGCACAUUUCUCUUGAGCCCUGUGAAGCAAAGCAUUUCUGUUCCAUGUGACAUCUUAGAACACCUGUAGGAAGAUGACUGUAUUUGUGAGAUGUUGUGAUUUGAUGGAAUCAUGUGGAAUUCCUGUCAAACAAAUGAAAGAUGCCUGGAGUAAAAUGUAAAAAUUGGUAACUGGGGGACUUCCCUGGUGGUCCAGUGGUUAAGAAUCCGCCUUCCAAUGCAGGGCACACGGGUUCGAUCCCUGGUUGGGGAACUAAGGUCCCACAUGCCGCAGGGCAACUAAGCCCACGUGCCACAACUACUGAGCCCGCGCAGUCUGGAGCCCACGCGCCGCCAGGAAGGGCCCAGGCACCGCAGAUCCCAAGUGCCGCAACUAAGACCCGACGCAGCCAAAAAUAAAAUAAAUAAAUAUAUUUUUAAAAUUAAAUAAAAAUUGAUAACUGGGUAAGGGACCAGGGUAGAUGUGUUGCCUGUGAAGAUCAGAGAGCUGCCCAGGGCCAGCACAGCCAUGGCCACAGCCAGCGGGGGAGCCUGUGGAGCCAGGGAGAGGCUGGCGUCCUCAGUGGCUGCAGGAGGAGGCUGGAGAGAGCAUCAUCCAUGAAGAAUCAUAGAAUUUUUAAAUGAGAGAAAAAAAUCUUAGUAAUCACUUAGCCACGUAAUCAUUCUAGAAACAUUUAUCAACAGCUUCUCAUGGUCUAGAUCCUGUGCCUGAGUUUACAUAUUUAAACUCAUUUAAUUCUCAAAAUCACCGUCUGAGGUAGGUACUGUCACUACCUGCAUUUUAUAGACAUUGGCUUGGGAGGCAGUACCAGCUUUCUGGACCAGCUAGUAAGUGACGGGAUCAGAAUACAAAUCCAGGCAACCUGGCUCCAGAGCCUACACCCUUAACCACCACUCUACCUCUCAGUAAUCAUCUUUAUACUAAAAUAGAAACGUCAUUAGCAUUGAGUGACAACUAUUUAAAUAUCUCCCUUGUACUUAGUAAUUUGCUAGGUAUAAUUGUGCUAAGAAGUAAAGGCAGAUUGCUGCCCUUGGGAAUUUAUGGUCUUGGUGAAAAUCAAGAAAAAUGUACAUAAAACAAUUAUUUCAAGCUUACCUAACAAAACCACCUAUAGUAUUACCUACGACAACCUGGCUAGUAGGUGAUGGGUAAGUAAUAGUCUAGGCAGGACUCCAUUCAGUGUUGCCCCAAAAUUUGUUUUUCUAGGGAGCUACAGAUCCUGGGGGCUGUCUGAGCUUUUCUCUGGCAAGGUCAGUAUUUUCAGCAUUGAGUUCCCUUUCCUGAUUGUCACUAUCCAACAGUCUUCUGCAGGGAGUUUAGGCCUUUGCAUAAAGCAGAGCAGUCACUUUGUUAUUCUGAGACAAAGAUUUUUAUUCAUUUUGGGUUUAAGUCCUAACAAAGCUCAUCAUUUGAGGGUUUUUUUUUCGGGGGGGGUGAUUCUGGCUAGACAGAAAAAUAAAUGACUUUGAUUCUCCCUUUGGAGUUUGCUGAUUAUUACUGAACAUCCAAAAUUGAAUCAUUCUUCACAAUAAAACCACUAUUUUUGUUGUUAUAUACUGUAGAAAUGGCUAUGGCCUUGCCCUGAGAAGGAAA